AAGAACAGAAGCAAAGCUGCAGGGAGUGAGAGUGAGUGUACUACACAGCAAGAAACCACCCCAUCCAUCGAUCCUUCCAUGGAAGACCCCUACACGAGCUUCUUCAAGAACCCCUACUACUACUACACCACCUCCUUCCCGUCAGCUCCAGCUCCCCAUCUCCCUCCUCCCCUUCCACCGUACACCAGCCUCUACCCCGCCGUCGCCGCCGCCGCGCCUCAGUACCCGGCCUGCUUCUUCCAGCCACAGCCGACGCUGCCGCCUCUCCAUGACAGCCCUCCCUCGCCCCCGCUCCGGGAGGCGCUGCCCCUCCUCUCGCAGUCGCCCACGCGCGGCUGCGCCUCUCGGCCGCGGCAUGUAGCGGCGGACUACGACUCCGACGACGACGGCGAUGACUUCCUACGGGAGGUCGUCGGCAGCUCCGCGACCCCUUCCGGGCGCGCGCCGCUCUUCGCCGACCUCAACUGCAUGCCCUCCUGCUGCGACGACGGCGACCCGAUGGACGUGGAGGCCGGGGCGUCCACGGACGACGCCGCGGUCGCCCUGCGCAUCGGCCUGCCCGCGGCGCCCGCGAACGGCUGCGAUGGCACGGAGGCUGACCUCCUGUCCGGGCUCACGGGCAGGGCCUGCGGUGGCAUGGAGCCCGAGGAGGACGAGGAGGAGUGCAAGGUGGACACCGGCGCCGGCGACGGCGACGAGGCGGUGCCGUUAGGGUUCGCGUCGACGCCCAUCGGGAGGCUCAACAAGGGGCAGUACUGGAUCCCGACGCCGGCGCAGAUCCUCAUCGGGCCCACCCAGUUCUCCUGCCCCGUCUGCUACAAGACCUUCAACCGAUACAACAACAUGCAGAUGCACAUGUGGGGCCACGGUUCGCAGUACCGCAAGGGCCCCGAGUCGCUGCGCGGCGUGCAGCCGACGGCGAUGCUCCGGCUGCCGUGCUACUGCUGCGCCCCGGGGUGCCGCAACAACAUCGAUCACCCGCGGGCGCGGCCGCUCAAGGACUUCCGCACGCUGCAGACGCACUACAAGCGCAAGCACGGGCUCAAGCCGUUUCUGUGCCGCAAGUGCGGCAAGGCCUUCGCCGUCAAGGGCGACUGGCGCACGCACGAGAAGAACUGCGGCAAGCUCUGGUACUGCCUCUGCGGCUCCGAGUUCAAGCACAAGCGCUCGCUCAAGGACCACGCCAGGGCCUUCGGCCACGGCCACGGCGCCUUCGGCUGCAACGUCGACGGCGCCGACGGGCUCGAGGACGAAGACGAGGGCGCCGUCUCCGAGAUCGAGCAGGACUGCGCCGCCGGCGCCACCUGCCGUUCAUCGGCACGGUGAUGAUCGAUCAUUCGGCAUCGAGAUGAUCUCCUUGGCAUCUCUGUACUAGCUACAUGCCUCCACAUACAGCAGCUAGCUAUGUUGUUCUUGUUAUUAGUUGCUAUUUGUGUUGUUGUCGACGCCCGUUGUUGUUGCUUUUGCUCGAUCGAGUAGUAGUACUAGAUUGUUAGGGUUGUGGAGUGGUCGGUCGCGUGACCUCCUGAUCUAUCUCUACUAGCUUGUUAGUUUGUGUUGUUAGUGCACAAUCAAGGACUCAAAUGUUGGGAUGCUGAACCACUGUUGUGUGAUCUCGAUCGAUCAUGGCACA